AUGAUUAAUUCAUCAUAAUUAUAUUUGAAGAGAGAACAAUUUUUUAUAUAGAUUCGAAAAUAGGCUAGAGAAGAGAUCUUUUCAAGAAAGAGACACACAAAUUUGAAUAGUGAUUUAGAUGGAGAAUUAAAGUGUUUACCAGAUGAAUUGAUUGUUUAAAUUUAUAAAAGUUUUAUGGUUAAAGACUUUUAAUCUCUUAAAAGUUUACUUUUUAAGUACAAUGAACAAUUACUACUAAUUAUUGUAAAAUAAUAAUAGGGAGAUGAGGUUAUGAUGAAUCAAUAUAUAAAUCAUUUUAGCAUAAAUUAAGAUGCCACUCAAUUAUUCAUGCAAAUAUUACGAAUGUCUGAUGUUUAAUUGGAUAGUAAUAUAGAAGAGAUAAGAGUGAAGUGUUUAAAUCUAGUCAUUAUUAUAUUAAUCAAUCUUACAUAUGGGAAUACACCAUAAAUUAUUAAUAAUUUAUUGAACCAUAAUUUUUUGGACAUAAUUUUUAAUGAUGUAUUGGGUCGUAUGAAUAGUAAACAAAAACUAGCAUAGAAUUAUGAUGAAUGGUAAUUGAUAAUUGAAAGUGUAAUAAUAUUACUUACUUGCAGCUCUCUUAACUUUUAAUUAAUUUGUUACUAGAUUUGAAAGAUGAAAGAGGAGUCUAAAUCAAAAUUGAAAUAAUGAAAUCAUCCUUCUUAAAUAUAUGGCAUUAUGUCUAUAGAGAGUUUCCACCAUAAAUUCUUUGGAGUUCAAUGUUAUUUUUAUAAUAAAUGAUAUUUUUUAACCCAUCCAUUCCUGAUACUGAAAUAGUAUCAUUAAGUGUAUGAAAUAAAAAAGUUAUAUUAAUUUAGUUAUAGAGAAUCCUUCAAUAAUGUGAUUAUGUGAUAACAGAACUAUCAGAAUAAACCUAAUUAUAUGAGGCAGCAUUGAUAUUAAUUAAUUACUGUUCUAAACAUUAAUUAGAGACUACAAUAAUUUUAACAAAACCUGUUUGGGUGAAGAUUUUAUUAAUUAAUAAAUAUCCAUUAGUGAUGUAUUCUACAUUCAUAAAUUUAACUUCUAAAUAAUAUGAUGAAGAUUCUCCAAUUUCUAAUUUGAAUGUAGAAAAACAAUUAUUAGAAAAUGGUAUAUUGAAUAAUAUGUUAUCUUGGUUAUAAAAUUAACCAGAUGAACAAUUAAUAAUCAAGAUAUACAAAUGUUUGAAUAACAUUUUAAUCUAUUAAUAUCAACAUUUGGCUAAUGUUGUAAUAAGUCAUUUCUUACCCUUCCUUGAUCUCUACUUUGAAGGGACAACUUAUUAUUAAGAAGAAAUUGUGAAUGAAUAUUUGAUUUUACUUAAAAAUCUAAUUAUAUUUUAAAAAUUGAAUGAUAAAAAUGUCAUUUAAAUAUUAGAGGAAUACAAUAUAUUUAAGUAAAUUAAAGAAAUGUAAACAUUUAUAAUUAAUACUUUAGAUUAUUAUAGGGUUGUUUUUAAACUUGGUUAAUUAUGAAUUUAUUUGAAGCAUUUGAUCUAUUAUCCAUUCAAUUCAAAUUAUUGAUUCUAAAUAAAAUGGUUUAGUAUCAAAUUGUUGAGACUUUCCAUCUAUUUAUAUCUAGAAAUGAUAUUAGCUAAGAUUUUAUUGAAACUCUUUAGGAAUAUAUAGAAAAUUGGUAAUCUGAAAUUUAUGAAUUGAAUAAUUAGUGA